AUGCCUCCCAAUGGAGAUGCUUCUGCCUACUGCGAAUAUGCAUAUCCAAAGAUGAUAUCAUGGAACAAAACUUCUGAUUGCUGCACCUGGGAUGGGUUCUUGAACAGCAUGUUGCUCGAUGGAUGUCAGUUCACUGGUCGCCUUCCUGAGUCAAUUGGAAACCUUUCUCAGCUCACUACAAUGUCUCUGACUCAUAACAGUUUCAGUGGGCCUCUUCCAUCGGUGAUCUCAAAUCUUGUCCAACUGGAAGUUUUAGACCUUACAGGCAACCAAGUGCAAGGCCAAAUACCAGAUUGUUUCACAAAUCUCCAAAAACUAACUCAAUUGUCAUUGCCAGACAACCGUUUGGUUGGCCCUUUCCCAUUCACCAUUGCGAACCUUACCAAUCUCCAGACACUGGAUCUACGAUCCAAUUCGAUAACUGGUCCUCUUCCAUCAAACGUGAGUGGCCUUCAGGGAUUGUCUUUUCUAUAUCUUUCAAACAACUCGCUCCAUGGCACAGCACCGACAUGGUUAUUUAGCCUGCAGUUACUCACAACUUUGCUUCUCAAAAACAAUCUCCUAACAGGACAAAUCGAAGAGCUCAAUGGAAUGUCACUGAUGAAAAUUGAUUUGAGUAAUAACCAAUUAUAUGGUCAAAUUCCUAAAUCAAUUUCAACACUCCCAUUUUUAGGUUUCCUUGACCUCUCAUCAAAUAAUUUGAGUGGCGUGCUUGAACUAUCCAGUGAUAGUCUUGAGUACCUUGUUCUCUCUAAUAAUCGAAUAUCAUGGAGCACCAGCGGGAAUGUCAGCAACUCUUUACCAAACCUUCAUCGUUUGGAGCUAUCUUCUUGCGAGAUGAAGGCUUUUCCAGAAUUUCUCAGAAGCUCAAAGAAGUUAGAAGUUCUACAGCUCGCUGGCAAUAAGAUUCAAGGUCAGAUUCCCAGCUGGGUGACAUCCAUGCCUUGGGAUUCACUUCUGUAUCUAAAUCUAUCUUACAACCACCUUUCUGGGAUGGAUGCAUUACCUUGGAAGAAUCUAAGGGUUCUAGAUGUUCGAUUCAACCAAAUCCAAGGACAAUUGCCUCUUUUCAUUUGCAAUUUGAAAGCUCUAGCAAUUCUUGAUUUGUCAAGGAACAAAUUUACUGGUGCAAUUCCUCGGUGUUUUGGGAACUUUUCUAGUCAACUUGUGGUCUUGAAUUUGGAAGGAAAUCGCCUGCAAAGGACCAUUAAUUCAAUGGUAUUUGCAAAAGAUAGCAGAUUGAGGUAUCUUGGUCUGAAUACAAAUUUCUUGGAAGGGCCGCUGCCAGAAACUUUGGCCAACUGCAAGUACUUAGAAGUCCUUGAUGUGGGGAACAACCGUCUGAAAGAUAUAUUUCCAGCAUGGUUACAAAAUCUUACGGAGCUCCAAGUUCUUGUGUUGAGUUAUAACAGAUUCUUUGGACCCAUUAGCAUUUUCAAGGCUAAGAGCCCAUUCCAAAAGUUGCAAAUCUUCGCCCUCUCUUGCAAUGAGUUCAGCGGUGUUCUAUCUACAGAACUUUUGGAAAGCUUCAGGGCCAUGAUGAGCUUACAAAGCAACAAAUCAGAAUCUAAAUACUUGCAUGCAACCGGCAAUACGACAAAUUAUCCAUACUCUGUCAACAUGACAUCCAAAGGCUAUGAGAUUGAGUUCACCAAAAUCAUUAGAACUCUCACAACCAUUGAUCUGUCGAGCAACAUGUUUCAUGGGAGGAUCCCAGAUGUCAUUGGAAAUCUCUACUCCCUCAAGUUGUUGAACUUAUCCAACAAUAACUUUUCUGGCCACAUUCCACCAGCUAUUGGGAACCUGAAAUUUCUUGAAACAUUAGACCUUUCAAGAAACCAAAUUGGAGGAGAGAUUCCAAUGCAGCUAACGAAUCUCACAUCUCUUGAAGUCCUAAACUUAUCAUGCAAUCAUCUUAUUGGGCGCAUUCCUCAAGGCAAUCAAUUGCGCACACUUGGUGAAGAUUCAUACAGCGGAAACUCAGGAUUAUGUGGAUUCCCACUAACAAAAAGCUGUGAAGAAAUGCAUGUGCCACAAGCGCCCCCAGACGAGGAUAUGGUUGUGGACUUGUUCUUGGCAUAG